UGUGGUCAGUGCUCCUGCCUGGAGGAAGUGGUUUUGUUUACGGCGGGCCACCGGAGACGCCGAAGCGGCCUUGCGUGCAAAGGGGCGUCUCCCCUCCACUCCUCUUCGAGCCUUUUUUUAUACCUCCAGCUCCUGACUGCCUUUAGCAAUGGAUGUCCUAAUGCAGGGAAGCAUCUUCGAGCAGCGAACGAGCGAGUUCUCGAAAACGAUAGGGCGGCGGAUACAAGUGUUCAGCUCUGGGGGCGGGAUGUUCUCGUCACACAACAAGCUCCAUAUGGCUGAGAACAUCAUGAAGGACGUGAAAAAGUAUGCCGACAUGGACAUCGAUGAACUUCUAUCCAAGCUGUCUCCGGAAGAACUGGAGCAACUUGGCAACAUGGUGGACCCAGAUGACUCUCUAAUACCACCAUCGGAACGAUGUCGGACACAAACCAAGAAGAAGCCGACGGGUCCCCUGAACCGGCGCCACCUGCUGCAGUUCCUCGAAAAGUUUGCACGGGAGCAGGAAGACUGGCCCGAAGCUAAGCCAUUCCAGGCGGGAUCAAAGCGAGGAAAGGUCUUUGUUCCCCGUGUCCAGCCAAAGCCCAAACAAGAUGACGAUGUGGAAGUUGAGCUGGACAUCGGUGAAGACUAUGAGAAAGCGCUCAACACAGCAAAUGAGUCGGAGCUGGUGGACCUGGCAGCUAUACUUGGUCUGCACAGCAUGCUCAGUCAGGACCAGUACCACAAUUCUGUGACCAAUCGAAGACAGAGGCCGGGCACAGGGUUUGAUUCCCUGGUGAAGGCGUCCAUGCCCAAGCCCAUGCCAAUGGAGCCAGACAACGACACCAACACCCACCAAACUGCCGAGAAAGUGGCUGCCAAUGAUCCGUCCUUGAAAACACUUAACUGGAACAACAUCAAGAACAUCCGAAGAGAUGACUUCAAAAAGCUCUUCGAAGGUCUCAAGAAGAAUACAAACCUCGAGUCCCUUUCCUUAGCAAACACUGAUCUCACUGAUAGCUUAGUCAAGCGCCUCAUUGAUGCAGUGCGGCACAACAAGACGUUGAAGUCGCUCAACGUGGAGUCCAACUACAUCAGUGGACCUGUCAUCAAGGACCUCGUUGAAGCCACCAACGCUCAGCAAUCCCUCGAGGACCUCAGGGCAUCUAACCAGAGGCCUUCGAUCCUUGGUAACAAGAUCGAGAUGGAGAUUGCGCGGCUGGUGGAGAAGAACCGUACCUUGUUGCGGCUGGGCAUCUCGUUUGACGUCCCUGAUGCAAGGAUGAGAAUAACGCAACACCUACAAAACAACUACGACCGUUUGCGGCUGCGACGUACCGCUUCAGGAGCACAGCUCAGCAGCACCUGAGCUCCUUGGGAAACCUUGCCGAAGCCGCGUCUUUCUUUGCUUUCGUUUUUUUUUUUUUUCAACUUUAUAUCCUAGAGGCGAAGGGCAGGAGAGCUCCUGACCUAUGUUGCAGCAGCUGUGGAGUUUCAUACAGAUAUGUGAAAGGCAUGAUGAGGUGUGCAUCAGGAUGGAUUAACUUCACUGAGAAUGGCUUCAAGCUUCUUCCAUUUGUUUUAUUUCAGAUUCGCUAUUGUCGCCAAUGAAAAAGUGCUUAACACUCUGCAAGAAUAGUUGGACUUUGAGAACAGUCAGGUGGUAGCACUCACUGGCUAUUAUAUGGAGCUGAUGUAAGAAGCUACAAGCACAUUCGAGGCAAACUUUAUAAAGAGCCAUACUCUUCUUGCCAUUCCUAUGUUCGUUGGCUCACCUCCCUCAAGCACUAGGGCCCGAUUUUGUGUAUGGAACUCCACAGCAAUAUCAUUGUAACUUUUUUUUCCAAUGAUGUGUGCAAGUGUGUGUUGGACCUACUGCUGCCAUUUAAUUGUGACACCCUGUGUACAGCAAAAGUUGAGCCAGCAGCAGCAACUAUUAUCCUUAGGUGCAUUUUUUUGUCCUUCCUAUCUUUGCUCAUCUCGCUCGAAAGGAAUGUCAUCUUGUCGCAAAGCUUUGGUUCAGGGGUUCGGUGUUAGGUGGCCAAGGGAAAUUUGAAGCUGCGUGUUUUUUUUUUUCUUGAUGAACUGCGUAAACAAGAAUCUUGGUCGCCGCUCUUUUUGGCGGCGAAGCAGCAGGCCAAAGCAGGAAUAAACAGGGCUUAGAGUGAAAUCAUUUUCCCAGACCACACGUCGGAACCUGCUCGAUUGGCACCUGGUGCGUGCUGACCUGACGGUGUUCAUUUUAUCAUAGUUCUCAGCUGCACGCCACAGAUACUGCCCUCCCUUACUGCUAUCCAGCUAGCAAGCUUUUUGUGUAACCACCUUAUUCAAAGAAAACCUGUUCCUUCACAGUUCAGCCAGGCAUGUCAUUUUUGACAGUGACAUUGCCGAACAGUGACCACAUCCUUGAUCAAUCUCUUUGGGGAAUAUUGCUUUCAGUGUACCUUGACCACUUGGCUAUAAGCCGACAGAAUCAGAUGCGCUGAAAGGAAUGCUGUACAUGCUCCCAUUGGCACAAUUUUCACUUGCCACAUUGGAUGUUAAGUUACACGAUGGACAGCAUCCCCAAAAGGGUUCAGUUGAGGAUAUGGCCUCUGCUAUAAUGUUGGACUUCUUGCAAGUCAUACUUGUCUGUACACUACAUAGCUAUCUGCCAGCUGGAGGUGUGACUGAGAUGAAAAGUUCGCUGUGUUUUGCAGUAUGUUGGAAGGUAGUGACAGUUUCAGAACAUUGAGCUGGAACAGCACGUGAAAGUUUGGUGUCACUAUUGUGGUUGCUGGCUUUGAUAGUGUUUCCUGUCUGCUGUAGAGGUGCUGCCCGCAGUCUCAUGUAAACUGCACAAAGAUAAUUGUACAUUAUUCACAUAAACAUUCAUUGUUGCGCAUGUUUUUCUCUUGCACAGUGGCGUGUGUGUAUGCUCUAUGAUUUCAUCUCCACUAUAUCAGCAACAAACCGGUGUUUUUCCUUAGUGUUUUUCACUCGUGCCUCCAGUUUACUGGAAGCAAAGGCAUCAUCAUCAUUUUGCUCUCUCACCAAAUCGGUCGCGUGCACGAUAUGUCCACUACAAGUCGCGGCACUGGGCGUCAUGCUUUUCCUGCUCUAGCACUGCCUUUAGUACACUUCACAGCCCUUUGGUUUCAUUGCGUUACAUGCUGUCUGGUUUUUGAAAUGUUCGGUGCUUUGCGAGCACGACGUGCAGGUUAUUCGCGUCUGCUGCUGCGGCAUUAUAAUUGGGCAGAAAGUAAAUGCAUGCCGCAGGCAGCUUCGCUUGUAAGCUGUAUAUCUUGUUCGUGUAUCGUAGUAGUAUGCUGAAACACAUUGCUAUUUGAAAGCAGCUGGUGCUGGAUGAUGUUGAAUGCCAAAGCAUUACCACAUGUACUAUUGCGGUCAAUAUGAGUUGCAACAAAAAUAAACACCCACCACGUUUACUUUCACUAAGAAAAAUGACAGGGGUCAUCUCUUUUGUAAACGGGGUGCUACUAGUAAUAAGCCCUUCUAUAGAUUCGCAAGUGUGCCUCCCUGCAUUGCUUUUUUGUCCGAAUAAUGACCAAAUUAAUGGUCAUUGCUGAAAUUUAGACAAAGUUCUAGCUACACAUGCUGGGGCUUGUUUCUUGUGUAUGGUUUCCUCACCAGAACUAUGUCUACAUUUUCCAUGUCAUAAUACCAGCAAACUCUGCUUGUACAUGCUGUUCGCAAAAAUGACUGUGCCGUCACGAGUUGGACAAACUGCCUUGCAGGAAAUCUAGCUUUACAAUUAUGAAAGAACCUGUUGGAAUGGCAUUUAGUUAACCGACUUUGUGUGCAUUGACGCUGUCGUAUGGUAUCUUAGCUCGUCCAGUGACAGGCUCCCAGGUUGCAAAUCAUCUUGAGUGCAAUUGUACAUGGCUGCAUUUUGCUGCUUGGUGUUAUAAUGAGAUCCUGUGUUUCGAGACCUUGAAGUAGGUCUUGUGAACCUACCUGCUCAAAGGUUAAUUGUCACGUGUAUGUGCAGUUGUUCCACAAGUACAGCACUAUGCCAUUUCAUGCGUCCACUUAAUUCCUCAGUAAGCUGUACAUAAAUGCAAUGUCUCCUUGUGUUGCCAUUUCAAAUGGCUUAUUCUUUUCUUCCUUUUUUUUCUGCAAAGCACAAUGCCGGCAUUCUUGUACCCUUCAUUUGUGACAUGCAGGGUCAGAUAUAACAGAGGAAAAGCUUGAUACAAAUGCCUGUGCCAGCCGUUUCAGAUGUGGUGCUCCGUUUGGAUGGGACUGCAUUACCUCUUCACCAUGCAUGACAUAUAUUCUGUGCACACAGCCAUGAUUUUGAGCUUAUCAAGCUGUUUGUGUAAACCUUGAGUAAUAAAAUUCACACAUGCA